UGUGGAGGAGGCUGGAAGAUCUCACUGCUGGGAUGCUUCAAAGACAGUUUGCCUAAAUAUGGGUAAAAAGCGCCGCGCCCCCUUGUGAAGCCCAUCUCGCGCACCCAAACAAAUCACACGAAGAGAGAUUUCGCUUAGAAUGUAGAACUCCACUGUUUUGGCCCAUCGCGCUAAUUGGAAAGAAGUUGCGAAAUCGAUGUUAUUGCACUAAAAACCUCCGCAUAGUACCGCCGUUAUGUCCACGAGGAGCGCCUUUUGUCUGCACGCGCGUGACGGCGCAGGGAAACCCCACGUCCGCCGCGCGUGCAUCGCCGGUGACGUAUCAUGUACAGUGUGAGAGCGACUCCGCCGAAGGUGGAAAACAAAGCGCAGAAAUCUCAACCGUCAGGUGAGUCAGGAGAUCGCGCGUGGAGUCCGCGUCGCUCUUGACGCUCGCGUGAAGUAUCCCAGUUUACCUUUCAUCUGCGACCCGUGAUUUCUGGCCACUUCCACAAAAGCCCAGGGCAUGACGACAUCAAGGGCUCGACACCUGCGAAAGGAGCCGAAAGGCACGGAUUGAAAUGAACUACAUGCCUAUUUAUGAUUUCUACAAUCGUUGUUUAUCUGUAGUUUUGCGCUUUUGAAAUACCGCUUUUCAUAUAUAAAUAUAUAUAUAACUGCGUAUAUCGCUUUUCUGUACGUUACUAUAAUCCUAUUCAGAACAUUAGCGUUAAUGAAGUUUAGCGAUAUUUGUAAUUAAAUAGCCUAGAUGCAGACAUCACGCUUCCUAUUCAGAACAGUAGCUUAAUUAUUUAAGUUUAGCGAUAUUUUUAAUUACAUGGACGGAGGCAUCGCGCUUCCUAUUCGGAGCAGUAACGUUAAUUGUUUAAGUUUAGCGUUAUUUGUAGGCUAGUUUAACAGACGCUCGUUGUUGUUGGUCGCCAUCGAAACGGGAGGAGCGCGGGACCUCAGGAGCGUCAGAUGAAUCGCGUCUCUUUUUUCCGAAGCGCUUUUUUUUCACCGAAUGAAAACUGAGAAGAGCGCUUUAAUUGGACAAAGGGAUACCCGAGGACUCGUCUGCGGUAAAAUCAGGCUAUGUUACCUCGCGAGCGCGUUCCGGUCGUCCCACAUGUCACGAGCUAAAUUAGUCUGGCGUCACUUUACCGGACCUGGGGUCGUUUUUGAGGAACUGCCCGACAUAAACAAGCCCCCAUUCGCGUCUGGAAACCGGAAACUGCUGUUUGGAUAAGCGAGCGUUGAGCGCUGCUGAUGAAGUUGUCGCUGCGCGGAGCCUCGCGUGCCCAGGGCGCGAAGAGAGUGGCGCGAAGGUCAGCUUGAGCUCGAGACACUCCGCUGGACUGCGCGCGGGAGGAUGCCGGUUCGACGGGGGCACGUCGCGCCGCAAAACACUUUCCUCGACACAAUCAUCAGGAAAUUCGAAAGUAAAAGUAGAAAGUUCAUCAUAGCCAAUGCGCGGGUGGAGAACUGCGCCAUCAUCUUCUGUAACGAUGGCUUCUGUCACAUGUGCGGCUACACGAGGGCUGAAAUCAUGCAAAAGCCCUGCACCUGCAACUUCCUGUACGGCCCACACACCAAGAGGCUGGCCAUCGCGCAGAUGGCACAAGCGCUGCUGGGGUCAGAAGAGAGGAAGGUGGAGAUAGCGCUCUACAGGAAGGACGGUGUGUGUUUCCUGUGUUUGGUGGACGUGGUUCCUGUGAAGAAUGAAGAUGGCGUGGUGAUCAUGUUUAUUCUGAAUUUCGAGGUCAUGCCAGACGAUAAACUGCACGACCCGCAGGAUCUCAAUCAUAAGCUGCCUGUGCUGUGGCGCCAUUCAAAUCGAGCUCGUGGCAUCCGUUUACGUCUGCCGCUCCUGAACUCCAGGAAUAACAGUAAAUCUUCUCUGCGGGAGGAUCCGGAGGCCGGACGAGGAACGUGUUUCCCCAGCAGCUCCCGUCCACAAAGCCACGAAUCCCUGGCUCUGGGUGAGCUGCUGUCCCUCCCUGAACACGAGCCGCCCCGUCUGACCACCGCUGCGACCACACCAUCCUCGCUGCUGCCCGAAGACCAGUGCAACCUCCUGAGCAGUGACCCCUCGUCCCCUCCUCCGGCCCCGCCGCACCCCACCGCGCUGCCCCUGGGGCACUCCUCUCCCCGACCGCAGCGGCUCAAUCCGGACGCCUCCGUGUCCAACUGCAGCCUGACCAACAGCCGCUCGCGAGAGAGCUUUCACAGCAUGCGCCGCGCAUCCUCAGUGGACGAUAUCGAGGCCAUGCGGCCCGAAUGGGACAGGAAGCACCGCGCUCGACCCAGCGGCAGCACAGGUGCCAUGAACAACAAAUCCAACAUCCUGAACUCUACCUCUGAUUCGGAUCUGAUGCGUUACCGCGCCAUCAGUAAAAUCCCACAGAUCACGCUCAACUUUGUGGACUUUAAACCGGACCCUCUCAUCGCCCUCCCGGCCGGAGAAAUGGACAUCAUCGCGCCCUGCAAACUCAUCGACCGCACGCACAACGUGACAGAGAAAGUCACUCAGAUCUUCCAUCACUAUCCACUACAAAUCAAGGAAAUUAAUGUGCUGUCGCUGGGUGCUGACGUUCUGCCGGAGUACAAGCUCCAGACGCCGCGCAUCCACAAGUGGACAGUUCUGCACUACAGUCCGUUCAAGGCGGUGUGGGACUGGCUGAUCCUGCUGCUGGUGAUCUACACGGCCAUCCUCACCCCGUACUCCGCCGCCUUCCUGCUCAACGGUGACCAGGACAUCUCCGGGCAGAACUGCACCUACUCCUGCAGCCCGCUCAACGUGGUGGACCUCAUCGUGGACAUCAUGUUCAUCAUCGACAUCAUCAUCAACUUCCGCACCACCUACGUCAACGCCAACGACGAGGUGGUCAGCCACCCGCUGCGCAUCGCCGUGCAUUACUUCAAAGGCUGGUUCCUCAUCGACAUGGUGGCUGCCAUUCCCUUCGACCUGCUCAUAGACCGCACCGGGGAGGAGAUGAGUGCAGAGCCAACUCAGCAGACCACCCUGAUUGGGCUGCUCAAGACGGCACGUCUUCUGCGUCUGGUGCGAGUGGCACGUAAACUGGACCGUUACUCUGAGUACGGCGCCGCUGUCCUCUUCCUGCUCAUGUGCACGUUCGCUCUGAUCGCUCAUUGGCUGGCCUGUAUCUGGUUCGCCAUCGGGAACGUGGAGCAGAACCGCUCCAUCGGCUGGCUGCAUGCGCUCGGCGUGGAUCUGGGCAAACCACACAACAGCAGCAUCAGGGGAUCGGGACCCAGCAUCAAGGACAAAUACGUGACCGCUUUAUACUUCACCUUCAGCAGCCUGACCAGCGUGGGCUUCGGGAAAGCGGUGUCGCCCAACACCAACUCAGAGAAGAUCUUCUCCAUCUGCGUCAUGCUGAUCGGAUCGCUCAUGUACGCCAGUAUCUUCGGGAACGUGUCAGCCAUCAUCCAGCGGCUGUACUCCGGAACGGCUCGUUAUCACACUCAGAUGCUGCGGGUGAGAGAGUUCAUCCGCUUCCAUCAGAUUCCCAACCCGCUGCGCCAGAGACUGGAGGAGUAUUUCCAGCACGCCUGGUCCUACACCAACGGCAUCGACAUGAACGCCGUGCUGAAGGGUUUCCCGGAGUGUCUGCAGGCUGAUAUCUGUCUGCAUCUGAACCGAACUCUCCUGCAGAACUGUAAAGCAUUCAAGGGCUCCAGCAAAGGGUGUCUGCGGGCGCUGGCCAUGAAGUUCAAGACCACUCACGCCCCGCCGGGAGACACGCUGGUGCACGCCGGAGACGUCCUGACCGCGCUCUACUUCAUCUCCCGCGGCUCCAUCGAGAUCUUACGAGGAGAUGUUGUUGUGGCCAUCUUGGGGAAGAACGAUAUAUUUGGUGAGCCCAUCAACCUGUACGCACGGCCCGGGAAAUCUAACGCAGAUGUGAGGGCGCUGACGUACUGCGACCUGCACAAGAUCCACAGAGACGACGUGCUGGAGGUGCUGGACAUGUACCCGGAGUUCUCCGACCACUUCUGGAGCAACCUGGAGAUCACCUUUAACCUCAGAGACACAAACAUGAUUCCUGGAUCUCCCAGCAGCGAUGAUUCAGACUGCGCCGGCUUCAACAAACUGCGGAGGAGAAAGCUUUCAUUCCGACGACGGACAGAAAAAGAUGAUGCCGAUGCUGGAGAGAUCAAGAAGAAUCAGAAACCCGUCCGGAGAGGCAGAAAACAAGCAGCCAGUAACAAGAACGAACUCAAACCGGGGUGGGAGGAGCCUCGCAACUCCAGCGGCGAUGAGGGGGAGGAGCCUGUGCACACAUGCCCCACCCCUCCCACCACGCUCAUGGAUGUGACUGAGGGAGAGGGCGAUCCCAAAACAGGAAACACCUGCAACGCCCUAUCAGGUGCAUUCUCAGGUGUGUCUAAUAUCUUCAGUUUUUGGGGUGACAGUCGGGGGAGGCAGUAUCAGGAGGUGCCCCGCUGCAAUCUCCCGUCGCCCUCGACGCAUCCCAGCACCCCCCUGCGCAGCAUCAGCCGCCAGCAGCGCAGCCAGAUGGAGAGCAGACUGGAGCUGCUGCAGAAACAGCUCAACAGACUGGAGAGUCGCAUGUCGACGGAUAUCGGUGCGAUCAUGCAGCUCCUGCAGAGGCAGAUGAUGCUGGUUCCUCCGUCCUACAGCAGCGUUUCCUCCCCGCCGCAGGCGUCCAUGUUCCCCGAGAUCCUCGUGCAGCCCGUCACACCGCUGGAGUCCAGGACACCGGCUUCUCUCUCACAGUCCUGUGAGUUUCUCAGCAGCUCCGCGGAGCUCCAUCCAGCGGUCAGCGCCGCUCCUCGACCCGGAUUCUCCAGCCUCGGGGCCCGACUGGAGCUGGAGCCCGACCCCGACAUCCACCGGCGCUUCUCCCUACAGGAGCCGCACACGUCACUGAGCUCAUCACAGACGACACAGAAACACGGCUCAGACCCCGAGAGCUAGAGACCACCGCCGGACCACAGGAGAACAAACCGAACUCGAACCUGGCUGCGGAGGUUCAGAGAUUCACUGGAGGCGGUUUUACUCGUCUUCACUGGAUAUCCCUAAACGAAUAAUGAUUUCAAGUAGCCAUUAUGUCUUGCACUGAAUUUUCCAGACUCUCUCGAUCUUUCUCUUCACGUCUGCGGCGCUUCCAGAACUGACUGAACUCGUUAGUGUUAGCUGGCCUAACAGAAGAAACCCCUUCUAAUAAUAACAACCUGUGUGUGUGUGUCCUGUCAUUGCCUUCAUUUCCUGUGCGUCGAUGAAGGAGGCGGAGCCUCAGGCCCCGCCCAAGCACACUGGAUUGGCUGGAUGAGGUGAUUGGCGGGUUUUUAAAGCUAUGCCGUUACUGAUGAAGCAUAUCAUGUGUUGGGACACUGAAUGAACAAUAUGCAAAGAGCUGAUGGCGCGUCACGUCCCGCUUGGCUUCCGUUUGUUUGUUUUUCAGCUUUUCUUUCAACUCGACGUGAUUUUUGUAGUUAGAACGCAUUAGCUUUAGCAAUACCGAAUCCUUUAAACCACAAACGAAACCAAAUAUUGAAGAUUGGGUUGGACCAAAUGUUUUUGGCUGGGUUUUCCUCAUCGUCUGUGGUGUUUACGGCCUGCAGCCACAGUCACGUGAUUAUUAAUUAUGAUUUGGUACAUUUAUGAGCUCUUGAACUCGACAGUGAAUUGGUUUUGGUUUUCCACUGACGUGUGGACCAAUGCAGAAAUUAACUUUCUAUAAGCUCUUAAGCAUGCGAUAAUAAACACUUUUAAUAUUUAGCCGUUUAUUUCAUAUCAGACUUACCGUUAUUAUAUUUAAAUGACUAUAAUAUAAAAUAUACAUUUUUUCUGGAGGAAGGAAGACAUGUUAGCAUGAGAACGUGUUGUGCAUCAGCAUCCGUACGUGAAUCAUGACCACGAUUGUAUCGUUCUCUAGGCUUGAAUUUAGAGGUUUUUAAUUGUGAUUUAUGUUUUGUUGACACCAAAUAUUAUAUCUAAUUUGGAUUAAACUGGUAAACUCAAGGCAAAGACGGUCGAUUUCACCGCGUCUGAUCAAACGUGUGUCUGUGUCAAUGUGAAAGGACUGUUCAACACUACUGCAUUAAUUAAUUAACAAUCGUCACGUUUACUUGCAUUAGUGCAGGAGUUUGCACAUAUUUAUCUAGUUCAUAUUUGUUAUUCAUUUUAUUAUUAUUAUUAUUGUCUAUAAUUCUGUGCACCAUCACAUACGGGUGAAUCUCACAAUUACACAUCAGGUCAAAUUUUGCCCCAAUAUCAAAAGCAAAGCGACAAAACGAUAUACUGGCAUAAAGACAACAAAAUCUGUUUUUAGGAUUUUUAAUAUUCUCAGUGAUGAUAUUCUUUAGAUUGCUAUUAAUUAUUGCAAUUUUUAAACCAUCAUAAAUUAAAGCCAACAAAUACUUUUUUAAUGAAUAAAUAUUUAGAAAUUUAAAAAAAAAGAAAAACCGAUCCUAAAUGAAAUAAAUAAUAUCUAUCUAUCUGAAUAUCUGUCUAUUUCCAUAAAUUAUUUAUUUA